AUGGCGGCCAACAUUGUCUUUGUUGAUGAAGGAACUGUCGGUGAAGUUGUCGGCGGAGAGGAUAGCGAUUUUGAUGAAAACACGGAUAAUUAUGAAAGCAGCGAAGAAGAAGGUGACAGAAGAGAAGAAGACAGUGAUGACGAGGAGGAGAGCGAAGAAGAAUCCGAAGAAGACAACUGGGUCCUUGGCGAUCGUAUCCCGCGAUGGCUUGACUUCACAGCUGAUCGAGGGUUCAAUGUGAAGCUUCCUAACAAUCCAUCAUUCUCUAACUACUUUCAUCUCCUCUUCCCUGAAAACCUAUUCGAUGAGAUUGUAUCUCAAACAUAUAAAUAUGCAACGGAAACAAUUGCAUCUCUACAGCGAAGAGAUCGUUUACCUCAGCACUCGAGGUUUAGAAAUUGGCUUGAGGGUGGUGUAACAUCUGGUGAGAUGAAAGCUUUUCUUGCCAUGAUAAUUGCAAUGGGCCUGGUGGAUCAAGAGAAUAUCCAGGAUUAAUGGUCUACCGAUGAGGUUUUAUCUACUCCCUUUUUCCCUCAAAUUAUGUUAAGAGACAAAUUUAUGAACAUUUUAACAUUUUUUCACUUGUGCGAUAAUGAUAUAACUAUGUUCCUCGAGGACAGGAAGGGUAUAACCCAGUAAACAAGCUUGGCACUAUAUAUAGUGCUGUCACUGGGAAUUUUCAGAUGUCUGGAAGCCAGGAAAAAAUAUUUGCAUAGAUGAGGGAAUGAUUCCAUUCAGAGGAAAAGUGCACUUCAAAGUGUACAAUUCAGACAAGCCAGAUAAGUAUAGUGUUAAGUCAUACCAGUUGUGUGACUCAAGUAAUGGGUAUUGUUGUAGGUUUGAAAUUUCCACUGAUGUAAACCAAGAACCACCCAGUACUAAAGGCAAAACAUAUGACUUAGUCAUGAGGCUCAUGCAACCUUAUUUGAAUGUGGGUAGGUGUUUGUAUGUUGACAACUACUACACAUCACCUACUUUAUUUGCUGAGCUCAGAACACUGGGGCCUGUGGAACAGCCCGCUACAGGAAAGGUAUUCCCCAUGGUAUUAAGAACAAUGGAACUUUGCUGGCAGUUAAAUUUAAGGACCACAGAGUUUUCCAGAUACUGUCAUCAGUUCAUUCUGUUGCGGAUGUAGAAGUUGGCCAAAAUCACCCUGGAACUGGGUGCCCAAUCACUAAAUCCAAGAUUAUACAUGACGACAACAAGUUCAUGAGGGCAGUUGACAGGUGUGAUCAGAUGGUGGCCUAUUCUUGCAUCAGGCAAUGUAUCAUGAAAUGGUGGAAGAAAGUGUUCUUCCAUCUGUUUUCCUUAAGCAUCCUGAAUGCUUACAUCCUGUACAAGCAAAGAACCCGGUCACCUGUGCUGCAAAGGACCUUUUGAAGGGAGCUUGUGAAGGAGCUUGUUAGGAAUUCUGGCAUCUCUCAUUCUCUCACUCCUAGAGGCUGCCCAAGGAGGUCAGCCGAAGGCUUAACCUGUCUUCAAGUUGGAGGUCACUUCCUAGAGAAAUACUGGGUACUGGGAAGAAGUCCAACAUCACCCGGGCAUGUGUGGUUUGCUUUCCUGCCCAAAAGAAGAUCCUAAAAAGGACAGGAGAUAAAAGGAAGAGGCCAGGGAAAGAGUCUAGCUUUCAGUGUAGUGUCUGUAAAGUAGCACUCUGUAUGCAAGACUGCUUCCAGUUGUACCACAGUUGUUGA